UUCGAUUUUUCAGCUAUGAGCACAACCGCACAGGCUCCUGCCCGCACGCCCUUUAAGGGCGCCGAGACGCUGGGCGCCAACCCCCAGCAAAGCAUCCUGAACGUGCUCCGCAUGGCAUGCGCGCCCGCCCUGCAGCGCGCAGACUUUACCUCAACCCUGCAGACAAUAAAGCAGCGGUUCUUUGCGCGCGACUUUAACGCGAUCUUCCAGACCCCCGGCAAUCUGCCUGUCUACACGGCCCAGUACGUGCCGCGACGUGCGCUCUGCUACUACGAGAUUUUCCAGCUGCCCGAGCUCCAAAGGAUCCUGGAAAAUGCUCCCACUAUGUACUGCCUGGGUGCGGGCUCCGGCAGCGAGCUGGUGGGGGUAGCGGCGGCCAGCUGCACAGCACUGAAUAGCAAGGUAGCAGGGCCGAUUGUGGUGCAUUCGCAAGACUACGCAGACUGGACAGAGACACUGGGGCAGCUGGAGGACGCUGUGCGGUACAAGUGGGGGCUGGAUGAGAGCCAGAUCAGGUUCGAGUUCAGCAUUGGCGAUCUGAUGGCGCCCACCAGGCAGAUGGAGGAGCGUGUGCAUGGGGCGCAGCUGGUGACGGCCAUGUUUGUAUUCAAUGAGCUGUUUGCUGACAAGGCCAAGGCCAUGGGGUUUGUCAAGAUGGUGGUGGCGAAUGUGCAGAAGGGCGCGUAUUUCCUGCUGGUCGAUUCGGCCGGCUCAUUUUCGAGUGUGCAGGUGGGUGGCAAGAGCUACAUGUCGUAUAUGUUUUUCGACUCGCUGCGGCAGUUCUUUGAGCCGGUUGUCUCGGAGGACUCGAGGUGGUUCCGGCAUGCAAGCAAUCUGGAGUAUCCUCUGAGCAUCGAGAAUAUGCGGUACUUUAUCAGGCUUUACCGCAGAAAAUGAGGCAGCUGCGUGGUAAAACCAUAAGCUGUCCCGCAUGACAGUGCAGCGUAUUUGGAUGGAUGAUGGAGGUGGGUUGGGGGAUGGUACAUUUUGUCGGUAUCUUUUUAUAUACUUGUAAUUGCACAUAAUGUCGCAGUCGGGGCAGCAUCUGUCGGACCGCGAGGCGGCGCUGCUGACCGAGUACGAGCUGAUCCGCAACGAGGUCAAGAAGAUGGGGGCCCUGGUGGCCGAGAUCAACCACGCCGAGCUCGAUGCCUUGAC